AUGUGGGAUUCACCAUACUUGACUUGUUUGUUUCUUUAUAUAUUUUCAUUUCAAAUAAUCGCAACUAAUUCUCGCACAUCAAAUAUUUGGAAAUUGGAUGUUGAAGAAGGUCAAAUUGUUGAUGGUACCACACUGUCGCAGGACGACUCAGAUAAGUCAAAAAUAAAUGAGAACGACAAAGUAUUCAAUAUAAUAACAUCAACAGUCUACUAUGGUAAUACAUGGACAAAACAUGGCUUUGAUAUGUUCUGUACUGAUUGUCAAAUGUAUGAACAACAAAGGUCUAAUGGUGAAAAUGGUGAAGAGACAUCAACAGAAACAAAUGUCACAGAUAUAGAAGAUGAGUACUUAGACUGUGGAAAAUCAGUUAACUUCACUUAUUAUGAUAACUUGGUUGGUGUGGCCCGACGGCAUAGACACCCAAAUGUACCUGAACCUCAGGUUGCCCUAAUAUUUACAAAGAAGAAAUCCUAUAAAAAUGGUGUAACAGAAUUAGACAUAAAUGCUUUAGAAAAGAGGCUUAAGAAAGCCAAAAGGGAGAAACCAAAGUCAGUUCAACUUUACAAUCAAAUUGGGAACUUCUGGAGAAUUAAAGGUGACACAAGACAGUCCAUUGAGUGCUUCCGACGGGCACUUGCUGUGUCACCAUAUAACGCUGAAGUCCUGUUAAAUCUUGCCAGAGUACUGUUCACACUUCAGUACCUAGAUGAUGCGAUCUACUUGACGCGUCGCUCGCUGGAGGUACAACCACCUGACCGCAGCGCUUGGCAGCAAUACUUCACACUUGGAGAAAUUUUCAAAGCAUAUGGACAUUAUCAGGAGGCAGCUGUACAUUUGAAACACGCGCUGGACUUGCGACCGGACUUCGAGCCCGCGCUUAUAGCUCUCAAGGACAUCGAGAACAUACCGGAGGCUUCGGUACAUGUGUACACCAUACUCAUAAUUGUUUGUCUGGUGAUGGGUGUGCUGCUUGUCAUUCUAUCGUCAGUUGACAGCGGCACAGACGAUGACCACAAGACCCAAAGACAUUUCAACAGGGCGAUGGCCAUGCGGUCCCUUAGAGGAGUGGUCCCUGGCACCAGACGAAAGAAGUACAACUCUGAUAAUAUAUCUCAAAGAAUAUAA